AUGAAGUUCUUCGCCACCCUUGCUCUUCUGGCAGCCACUGCGACCGCUAGCCCUGUUACUACGACCUUCACCCUCUUAACCUCCGGUGCCUCCAACAGCAGUCUGAACGACCUGUACUUGACCACCAAGUCGACUGGUCCCUUGAACAGUUUGGCCAUCUUCACCAGCGGGGCUAGCGAUGCUGCCACAUUCUGGCUGACCAACGGCACUGUGCGGUAUAAGACGGAGAAUGGUGCCCCAUGGUCCAUUGCUCUUGUUUCCGAGGAUGAACGCAAAGCUCCUGUUGAGGUGAGCGUUAGUCCUACCACUGGUGGAACUGGAUUCGGCUUUGCCAGUGAUGGUGAUCUGGAAACCUCCAUUGACCACUGGGGUGGAUGGUUGGCUUGCACCGACAACACCUUAUACUAUAUCAACACAGCUGGCACUGGUACAUACGAUGGAUGCGAGAUUGUCGAGUUGAAGCCAUCUUCCUAG